AACGGACCAGGCUGGGGCCGUGAGGUAACUGUUGCAGCCAGCGGAGCUGGGAGGCGACACCGAGUCUCCAGUCCCGAGAGGUGCCCGAGGGAAAAGGAGGCGGCAGCCAAACUGGUCCUGGAGAGAAGCCCCUUCCGCCCCUCUCCUCAGCCAGCAUGUCCCGGACUCCGCCGCUCCUCAGUCCGCGCGGUGGGGACCCCGGGCCGUGGCGGCCGGCGCAGCCCUGACGGGUUGCGAACCAGGGGGCGCCCCGAACGCGGGGGUUGGGGUCUGGGAGCGCGAGCGGCCGCUACGGUACGAGCGGGGUGUGCUGAGUCCCGUGGCCACCCCCGGCCCCAGCCAUGAGGAGGGACGAGCGAGACGCCAAAGCCAUGCGGUCCCUGCAGCCGCCGGAUGGGGCCGGCUCGCCCCCCGAGAGUCUGAGGAACGGCUACGUGAAGAGCUGCGUGAGCCCCUUGCGGCAGGACCCUCCGCGCGGCUUCUUCUUCCACCUCUGCCGCUUCUGCAACGUGGAGCUGCGGCCGCCGCCGGCCUCUCCCCAGCAGCCGCGGCGCUGCUCCCCCUUCUGCCGGGCGCGCCUCUCGCUGGGCGCCCUGGCUGCCUUUGUCCUCGCCCUGCUGCUGGGCGCGGAACCCGAGAGCUGGGCUGCCGGGGCCGCCUGGCUGCGGACGCUGCUGAGCGUGUGUUCGCACAGCCUGAGCCCCCUCUUCAGCAUCGCCUGUGCCUUCUUCUUCCUCACCUGCUUCCUCACCCGGACCAAGCGGGGACCCGGCCCGGGCCGGAGCUGCGGCUCCUGGUGGCUGCUGGCGCUGCCCGCCUGCUGUUACCUGGGGGACUUUUUGGUGUGGCAGUGGUGGUCUUGGCCUUGGGGGGAUGGCGACGCAGGGUCCGCGGCCCCGCACACGCCCCCGGAGGCGGCAGCGGGCAGGUUGCUGCUGGUGCUGAGCUGCGUAGGGCUGCUGCUGACGCUCGCGCACCCGCUGCGGCUCCGGCACUGCGUUCUGGUGCUGCUCCUGGCCAGCUUCGUCUGGUGGGUCUCCUUCACCAGCCUCGGGUCGCUGCCCUCCGCCCUCAGGCCGCUGCUCUCCGGCCUGGUGGGGGGCGCUGGCUGCCUGCUGGCCCUAGGGUUGGAUCACUUCUUUCGAAUCAGGGAAGCGCCUCUUCAUCCUCGGCUGUCCAGUGCCGCCGAAGAAAAAGUGCCUGUGAUCCGACCCCGGAGGAGGUCCAGCUGCGUGUCGUUAGGAGAGACUGCAGCCAGUUACUAUGGCAGUUGCAAAAUAUUCAGGAGACCGUCGUUGCCUUGUAUUUCCAGAGAACAGAUGAUUCUUUGGGAUUGGGACUUAAAACAAUGGUAUAAGCCUCAUUAUCAAGCUGGAGUGCAGUGGCAUGAUCUCGGCUCACUGCAACCUCCAGCUCCCUGGUUCAAGCGAUUCUCCUGCCUCAGCCUCUGGAGUAGCUGGGAUUACAGGCAUGUGCCACCACACCCGGCUAAUUUUGUAUUUUUAGUAGAGAUGGGAUUUCUCCAUGUUGGUCAGGCUGGUCUUGAACUCCCGACCUCAGGUGAUCUGCCCACCUCGGCCUCCCAAAGUGCUGGGAUUACAGGGAAUUCUGGAGGUGGAAAUGGAGUUGAUCUUUCAGUGCUAAAUGAGGCUCGCAAUAUGGUGUCAGAUCUUCUGACUGAUCCAAGCCUUCCACCACAAGUCAUUUCCUCUCUACGGAGUAUUAGUAGCUUAAUGGGUGCUUUCUCAGGUUCCUGUAGGCCAAAGAUUAAUCCUCUCACACCAUUUCCUGGAUUUUACCCCUGCUCUGAAAUAGAGGACCCAGCUGAGAAAGGGGAUAGAAAACUUAACAAGGGACUAAAUAGGAAUAGUUUGCCAACUCCACAGCUGAGGAGAAGCUCAGGAACUUCAGGAUUGCUACCUGUUGAACAGUCUUCAAGGUGGGAUCGUAAUAAUGGCAAAAGGCCUCAUCAAGAAUUUGGCAUUUCAAGUCAAGGAUGCUAUCUAAAUGGGCCUUUUAAUUCAAAUCUACUGACUAUCCCGAAGCAAAGGUCAUCUUCUGUAUCACUGACUCACCAUGUAGGUCUCAGAAGAGCUGGUGUUUUGUCCAGUCUGAGUCCUGUGAAUUCUUCCAACCAUGGACCAGUGUCUACUGGCUCUCUAACUAAUCGAUCACCCAUAGAAUUUCCUGAUACUGCUGAUUUUCUUAAUAAGCCAAGCGUUAUCUUGCAGAGAUCUCUGGGCAAUGCACCUAAUACUCCAGAUUUUUAUCAGCAACUUAGAAAUUCUGAUAGCAAUCUGUGUAACAGCUGUGGACAUCAAAUGCUGAAAUAUGUUUCAACAUCUGAAUCAGAUGGUACAGAUUGCUGCAGUGGAAAAUCAGGUGAAGAAGAAAACAUUUUCUCGAAAGAAUCAUUCAAACUUAUGGAAACUCAACAAGAAGAGGAAACAGAGAAGAAAGACAGCAGAAAAUUAUUUCAGGAAGGUGAUAAGUGGCUAACAGAAGAGGCACAGAAUGAACAGCAAACAAAUAUUGAACAGGAAGUAUCACUGGACCUGAUUUUAGUAGAAGAGUAUGACUCAUUAAUAGAAAAGAUGAGCAACUGGAAUUUUCCAAUUUUUGAACUUGUAGAAAAGAUGGGAGAGAAAUCAGGAAGGAUUCUCAGUCAGGUUAUGUAUACCUUAUUUCAAGACACUGGUUUAUUGGAAAUAUUUAAAAUUCCCACUCAACAAUUUAUGAACUAUUUUCGUGCAUUAGAAAAUGGCUAUCGAGACAUUCCUUAUCACAAUCGUAUACAUGCCACAGAUGUGCUACAUGCAGUUUGGUAUCUGACAACACGGCCAGUUCCUGGCUUACAGCAGAUCCACAAUGGUUGUGGAACAGGAAAUGAAGCAGAUUCUGAUGGUAGAAUUAACCAUGGGCGAAUUGCUUAUAUUUCUUCGAAGAGCUGCUCUAAUCCUGAUGAGAGUUAUGGCUGCCUGUCUUCAAACAUUCCUGCAUUAGAAUUGAUGGCUCUAUACGUGGCAGCUGCCAUGCAUGAUUAUGAUCACCCAGGGAGGACAAAUGCAUUUCUAGUGGCUACAAAUGCCCCUCAGGCAGUUUUAUACAAUGACAGAUCUGUUUUGGAAAAUCAUCAUGCUGCAUCAGCUUGGAAUCUAUAUCUUUCUCGCCCAGAAUACAACUUCCUUCUUCAUCUUGAUCAUGUGGAAUUCAAGCGCUUUCGUUUUUUAGUCAUCGAAGCAAUCCUUGCUACGGAUCUUAAAAAGCAUUUUGAUUUUCUUGCAGAAUUCAAUGCCAAGGCAAAUGAUGUAAAUAGUAAUGGCAUAGAAUGGAGUAAUGAAAAUGAUCGCCUCUUGGUAUGCCAGGUGUGCAUCAAACUGGCAGAUAUAAAUGGCCCAGCAAAAGUUCGAGACUUGCAUUUGAAAUGGACAGAAGGCAUUGUCAAUGAAUUUUAUGAGCAGGGAGAUGAAGAAGCAAAUCUUGGUCUGCCCAUCAGUCCAUUCAUGGAUCGUUCUUCUCCUCAACUAGCAAAACUCCAAGAAUCUUUUAUCACCCACAUAGUGGGUCCCUUGUGUAACUCCUAUGAUGCUGCUGGUUUGCUACCAGGUCAGUGGAUAGAAGCAGAAGAGGAUAAUGAUACUGAAAGUGGUGAUGAUGAAGACAGUGAAGAAUUAGAUACAGAAGAUGAAGAAAUGGAAAACAAUCUAAAUCCAAAACCACCAAGAAGAAAAAGCAGACGGCGAAUAUUUUGUCAGCUAAUGCACCACCUCACUGAAAACCACAAGAUAUGGAAGGAAAUCGUAGAGGAAGAAGAAAAAUGUAAAGCUGAUGGGAAUAAACUGCAGGUGGAGAAUUCCUCCUUACCUCAAGCAGAUGAGAUUCAGGUAAUUGAAGAGGCAGAUGAAGAGGAAGAGUGACAGUUUGAGUAAAAGAAAAGUCAUAUUGAAGAAGCCCAGAGGGCUGUGUCCAGGGGCAGAAAUCAUUGCCUAGUGUUCACCGGCUCUCAACUGACCAUUCCCAUGUGGACAGGCCUUAAUACUGUGAGAGGAUCCUUGCUCUGCUGGUAGUUUCCCACUCCUGUGCACUUUCACAGGAACUAGAAAACUAUUCUUAAACCAAAAAUACCAUCCGUGUUGACCCAUGUUGCAGAGCCCUUACUUAAAUCCUUCACUGGUGUAUGAAUACUUUGUCAUAAUGCUGCUUUGCUGGGUAGUGAGCUCUUAUUUUUCACUGGGGGUCAGCUAUAACUAAAAACUCAAGUGACAUAUUUCAGUUACCAAAGCGGCCAGAACUUUUUGCUUUUAUGAAAAUAGAUUCAUAUUGUAUUUCCCAGUGUGUCUUUUAUGUCUUUGAAUGUUUUGGAGAAAAGUCUAUGCCUGUCUAAAAAUGAAUCCAGUGUUGCCUUUCUGAGGGAUUUCUGCUCAAUGCAAUAUACUGUUCAGUGCUAUUCUCCCAGCUAGGUUUAUCCAUGAAGGACUGAGUGACCUUUGUUGUAUUUAACAAAAUCCAGGUGCAUCAAUUUCUGAUGCUUUUUACUAUUGUGUAUUAUCUACUAUGUGUGUUUUAUUUCUGCUGAGAGUAUUCAGGUUUGCCAUGGACAUCAGAAGUUUGAAUUCCAGUCUUAUCUUAUGUUCCAUGGCUGAAUUUUAAAGCUGUUUAGGUUUAACAAUGAAGGGAUUUAUUCUUUAGUCAAAAUUGUUGUUUUUACUCUAGCUCAGGAUUCGUAUUUUUAAAGAAAGAUUUAGUUAAUAUAAACACAGCACAGAUUUGUCAGAAGAAAAAAAAUUUGCUGUAAUACCAAAACUAACCUCAUCAAAGAUAAAGAAAAAAAGAAAUAUAGUGAGCCCUAAAGGACACAUACAUUGAAUAAAUAAUUGGAACAUGUGGUUCUCUUUAGAUCCACAUCUUAGCUGUCAUUUGUUCACUCUAAAACUGAUGUUCAUCUUUCUGUUAAUAUCCCUCUGCCUCAAGACUACAUGACAGAAAUGACCUAUCACUACUUAUUAUUUCUGAAGCCUAACUGCAAGACUGAUUUCUGAGAACAAGUAAAGAACUGGAAUACUUAUUUUUCAUAUAAAAAUCUAAAUGUUAAUAAAUCAUUUCAUACAAAAGUACAUUAUUAACCACAUUAUUAAAAUAAUUGCAAGAAAAUGGACCAUAUUUACAAUGUUUUGUAAACUUGCUAGUGUGUGGAUAUGUACCCUACUUGUGAAAUACAUUUGAAGAUAUAAAGAGCAGCCAAAAUGAUGGCAAAAUGGUAGGCUAAUAUUUUCUAUUAUUAUUGGAGACCAUAUCAUAUUUUGGAAUCAUGCAAUUUUGCACACAGUGAAACCAUUAAUUUUCCAAGGUAAUUCCUUUAGAAUAUGGUAUUGGCAUGCAGUUUCUUACUUAUCUAGAAUAUUUGGCUUAUCUGAAAGAUAUCAAUUUAAGAUCUCUGGAAGUGUUAGAAUUUUUGAUCCUUCACAGUGUCAAUAUUUAAUGAAUCACUAAGCUUUAUUAGACAUGUUGAGUGAGUGCUGAGUUCCUUGCUGCCACUUUUGUUACCAUUGUCACACACUAUGUGUAAACCAGUCCCACCACUUAUUACUAAUUAAUAAAAUUUUGACUGAUAAUUUAUAUUUGCACUUACAAUAUAUAUAUCCUGUCCUUAUAUUUCUCUAGAGUACAUUUUCCAUCAUGUUUAAGUGUAUUUCUGCUAUUAUUUCCUCUCCUGCAGAAUACAUACAAGUGUAUGUGUAUAAAGUCAUACAUGUACAAGCAUGCAUAUUGAGAUUGAAUCACAUUUCCAUACUGUCUGUUAUUUUAUUGGGUUUUAUAUUGGGUUUCUUUAGUUUAUGUUGUUUUCUCAAAAGCAGCAUUUUAAAUUACGAAUACUGGACUUACUGGAUUUAAUUAUAAAUCCAAUUACUACUGGAAACUCAUUUUUACAUAAUAUAGUCCUUAAAUUAUUUAACCCUUGCUAAGUAAUUGACAUAUGUAACAAUAACUAGCCUAAAGAAACCCAAAAAAGUAUCUCUCCCGAGCUGAAACUUAAAAAUUCGUAAGUGUAAGAAAGAAUGUGAGAAUAUAUUAAAUGCACACUGUACCAUUAGAUGAAAUCUUACUUGAGAAAUUGCCAUAAGCCAUAUUACAGAUCUUACUUUGAUUGCUACUGAAUCAGAUUAAUUUCUUGUUAUAAUAAUUUUCAUCAUAAAUUUUCUAUUUUUAAAGCCGCUGGUACUAGAAAUAUUCUUUUAAUGCUAUAUCUAUGUACCUACUGACACAUUUUUCUCCAUAAAAGUACUUUUAAAAAUUA